AUGCGCUCGGAGAAGGAGGGAGAGGGGGGCCCAGGGUUGGCAGUUAGUACGCGGGGUCCGAGCGGGAAGGAGAAGCCGUCGCCCACAGAAAGCCACUUCCGCCGGGAGUCUCAGCAGCGGGAGCCUGAAGCGCCGGCAGCUUCGUCCUCCGGCUGUGGGGGCGGUGCAGUCGAACCUCGCGAGGAAAAGAGGACGGUCCUCAGCAAGGUGGUCAUCCGGCGGCUUCCUCCCAGCCUCACCAAGGAGCAGCUGGAACAGCAGCUUCACCCCCUGCCCGCACAUGAUUACUUCGGGCUGUUUACUGCUGAUCUCAGUCUUUAUCCUCAUCUCUAUUCAAGAGCAUACAUUAAUUUUAGAAAUCCUGAUGACGUCCUGCUUUUUAGAGAUCGUUUUGAUGGAUAUAUCUUCAUUGACAGUAAAGGCCUAGAAUAUCCUGCAGUGGUAGAAUUUGCUCCAUUCCAGAAGGCAGCCAAAAAGAAGCUAAAGAAAAAAGACACCCAGACCGGAAGCAUUGAAGAUGAUCCAGAAUAUAAGAAGUUUUUAGAAACUUACUGUGUGGAGGAGGAGGAAACUAGUGCCAGUCCUGAAACUCUUCUGGGGGACAUAGAGGCAAAGACAAGAGAACUCAUUGCUAGAAGAACCACACCUCUUUUGGAAUAUAUUAAAAGUAGAAAAUUAGAAAAGCAGAGAAUUCGAGAAGAAAAGCGAGAAGAACGGAGGAGGAGGGAGUUGGAAAGGAAGCGCUUACGGGAAGAAGAGAUAAGAAGGAGGAGGGAAGAGGAAGGGUGCAGCAGGAGAGCAGCAGGAGAGCAGCAGGAAACUGCUGAGAAGGCAGUAAGGAAGAAGCUUCUCAAGAAAUCAGAAAAGGGAGAGGAGUCAAGCCCUGAGAAGCCAAAAGAAAGAGGAGAGGAAAUUGACACCAGAGAUGGGAAACAGGAACCCGGUCCCAGCCGUGUAGUCGUGAAGCCCAAGCCCUUGGAGAGCUCGCUGCAGGAGCUCAGGGAAAAGUCACAAAAUGACAGUGAUAAAGAGCAAAGGAACGUGGAGAGAAGAUUCCGAGAAAAAGAACUUGAGGCACAAAGCUACCACUUGGGUGACAGCAGAAAACAUAGAGCUCCCUAUGAGUUGCCUAAGUUUUCAGGAAGAAGCAAAGAGGAGCUGAAAAGGGGAAAAGGAUCCACCCCAGACCGAGGGCAGAAGGGGCGCCAGGCCCGGGGCGGCCCUGUGGGGGCAGCAGAGAUGCCAGGAAGGGAGAAGAGCGCAGGCGGGCAGGCGCCCAAGGACACGGGAAGCAGUAAGGUUCCUUGUUCGCUGGGGAUAGGCUUUCGCUUUGUUUUCGUCUGCUCACAGUACCCGCUGUGA